AUGCCAACAAAAGAGGAGGUUCAGGAGAUAGUACAACGUUGGCACCAGUUGAGGGACCAGUAUGGCGACCAGGUGGUUAAUGUGCCCGAGUUUACGCAGUUGAACAAGACCAUCAACUCGAUCAAGAUGCUUCAGCAGCAACAGCAGCAACAGCAGCAGCAACAGCAGCAAGACCAGCCACCACCGCAACAACCACAACAGCAGCACCAGUUGGGCCAACAACGGCAUCUGCCAGCCCAGCAGCAGCAACAGCAGCAGCAACAGCCUGCUCGACAACAUCAGCAAGCAAUAAACACCCAGCGCUCGACUCCUCAGCAGCAACCGCAACCACUUCCUCAGCAACAACAGCAGAAACAGAGGCAGCAACAAAACACACCACACCUCCAAAAUCAGCCAACUCCGCAAAAUCAUCAAUUUUCUAACAACAGCAACAACAGCAACAACAACAACAACAACAACAACAGCAACAACAGCCACAACCACAACAACCACAACAACCACAACAACAACAACGCUAACAAUGCCUACCCCAAUCCAUCACUGUUUACAAGUCAAAUGGCAUCCCCGGCGGUAGGUGGGAGCUUACACACGUCUGGGAACGGCACACCGUUGUCUCAAAAUGCUAAUUUGAUGCAACCUAAUAUCGGCAAUAGGCCUUUUAACCAAAGUGGUUCUCAGCCUUUACAAAAUGGUAUCACCCCUUCUCAGUUUCAAGCUGAAGCUCAGGCUCAGGCUCAGGCUCAGGCUCAGGCUCAGGCAUCAGGCAAUAAUAAUUGGUCGAUGAAUCAGCCUCCCAUUGCCAGUCUGGCAGAGUCGGCUUUUACAAAUCAACAAUUUCAAUUGCUCAAAUCCCAAAUGCAAGCGUUAAAGUAUUUAAUGAAACUACCCAAUCAAGGACUGAUACCGCAAAAUUUGGUUGCAUUUGUUACAAAUCCUGCCUCUGCGUACCCUAAUGAUCCAUAUUUACCAGCUACUUCUGGAAUAGCAGGAGUGAAUGUUGGUCCCGGACCUGUGCCUGGACCUGUGCCCGGGCCUAUGCAGCACUUUGUGCCACAGGCGGCGCUUCAUUCUAAUGGCGGUGUUGUCAUUACUUCAGGAUCAAGUGCCACAAACCUUGCCAUUCCGGGAGAGAAGAAGAAGGUGAAAAGGGGACCAAAGCCAAAAAAUAAGGAUCAACCCAAGAAACUCACAAAGAAGCAGAUGAGAGAAGAAGAACAACGUAUUGCUGCUCAAAACCAAAGAAUAAAACUCGAGCAACAAAAUGCAGUAAUUCAAGAUCCACAACAAGUUGGCCAGCAAUUUUUACCUAAUCAACAGAUUGUUACUCCAUCCAUGCCUAACCAAGGGUCUAUGCAGCCUCAAGAAGUGCCUAGUACUGUUUCAGCACCACCUGUACCACCGCCUCUUAUACAAGUACCUGAACCACCUGAAAAUCAACUAAUACUCCCAAAUCCUAGUCCGCCAGCUUUACUCGCUAAAGUGAUUGCGGAAAGUUCAAAGAAGAAUAAGAUAGUGAUACCUGUUAGCAAGCCAAACACCGAAGUUGACACUUUUGAAAUUUACAACAUUGCUGGGGAGCACACUAAGGACAUUCCUUUAAGUUCGUUGUAUACUCCUCAAAGUCGAUUCCAAAUUCCGUCAUUGAUGCCAGAUGCUUUAAGCAUGGAAGAUAUGGCUGCUAAUCGUGAGGUGCUUAUGACUCUUAAAAUAGAACAAGAGAAGGAAUCGCUUGAGAAGCAGCUUGCUCAAGUCGAUCCAAAUGAUAUUGAAACACGAAACGAGUUAGAAACAAGACUAAACUCGUUGGAGAUUAUUCCGCUUCAAAAGGUUGCAAGGGGCAAGGUUCUCAUUCAAACUUGGUUCAACAAAUCCUUACUUCCAAAUUCACAUCCAAAUUUCUUGGCCCGAUUCCAUACGUUAUCAAUGGAUAGUGUUGCCAUUACUGUUGACCUUUAUCAGCAUCAGUUGGAAACAUUGAUGAAGGAAAAAAACCGAAAACACUCAAAAAUUAUAGAUAAAGUAUUGAAGUUUGAAGAAAAAAACAGUGAUAAACACAAUAGAAAGGCCGAUAAGGUUAAUAGGUUCAUUAACAAAGUCAACAAUUUCCACAACCAAACAGCAAAAGAGGAACAGAAAAAGCUUGAGAGAAUGGCCAAGCAGCGUUUGCAAGCUUUGAAACUGAAUGACGAGGAAGCUUAUUUGAAACUCUUGGACCAUACUAAGGAUACAAGAAUUACUCAUUUGCUAAAACAAACUAAUCAGUUUUUGAACUCAUUGGCCCAGGCAGUUGAGACUCAACAAAAGGAGGCACGUGAGAAUUUGAUUAGUGCAGGUCGUCUUGAGGAGGAAAAUAUGGUGGUAGACCAUGAUGAGGAUGAGAAACUAGAGAAACCCGAUUACUACAACGUUGCUCAUAGAAUUAAAGAAGAGGUAACGAAACAGCCGUCCCUAUUGGUAGGUGGAAGUUUGAAGGAGUAUCAGUUGAAAGGUUUACAAUGGAUGGUUUCAUUGUUUAAUAAUCAUUUAAAUGGUAUAUUGGCUGAUGAAAUGGGAUUGGGAAAAACGAUUCAAACCAUUUCGUUGUUGACAUAUUUGAUUGAAGUAAAGAAAAUCCUGGGACCCUUUUUGGUUAUUGUUCCUUUAUCCACAGUUACAAAUUGGAAUUUGGAAUUUGAGAAAUGGGCACCUAGUGUUAAGAAAAUAACAUACAAGGGUACUCCAAAUCAGAGAAAAUUAUUACAGCAUGAAAUCAAAAUGGGUAAUUUCCAAAUUCUUCUCACAACUUUUGAAUACAUCAUCAAGGACAAGGCGCUUUUAGGACGAAUUAGAUGGGUUCACAUGAUUAUUGACGAAGGACAUCGUAUGAAAAACACCAAUUCGAAAUUGUCUGAAACUUUGACCACCAACUAUCAUAGUGAUUACAGAUUGAUUUUAACGGGUACACCUUUGCAAAACAAUUUGCCUGAAUUGUGGGCCCUUUUGAACUUUGUGUUGCCCAAAAUUUUCAACUCGGUCAAAUCGUUUGAUGAAUGGUUCAACACACCUUUUGCCAACACAGGUGGACAAGAUAAGAUAGAAUUAAGCGAAGAAGAGACUCUUUUGGUCAUUAGGAGAUUGCAUAAAGUUCUUCGACCAUUUUUGUUGAGGAGAUUGAAAAAGGACGUUGAAAAAGAUUUACCAAGUAAAAUUGAAAAAGUUGUCAAAUGUAAAAUGUCCGCAGUCCAAUCGAAACUAUAUCAGCAAAUGUUGAAAUAUAAUGUUCUUUAUGCGGGAGAUCCCAAUAAUCCAGAGGUUGCUCUUCCAAUUAAGAACGCGAAUAAUCAAAUUAUGCAGUUGAAGAAGAUUUGUAAUCACCCUUUUGUUUACGAGGACGUGGAAAACUUUAUUAAUCCAACCGCCGAGAACAACGAUCUUAUUUGGAGAGUAUCAGGGAAAUUUGAGUUGUUGGAUAAGGUUUUGCCAAAAUUCAAACAGACUCAACAUAAGGUGUUGAUAUUUUUCCAAAUGACUCAAGUCAUGGAUAUUAUGGAAGAUUUCUUAAGACUUCGCGGACUAAAGUAUAUGAGAUUGGAUGGUGGCACAAAGGCUGACGAUAGAACAGAGUUGUUGAAACUUUUUAAUGCACCAGACUCUGACUAUUUUUGUUUCCUUUUAUCUACCCGAGCUGGUGGAUUGGGUUUGAAUUUGCAAACGGCGGAUACAGUUAUUAUUUUUGAUACGGAUUGGAAUCCUCAUCAAGAUUUACAAGCUCAGGAUAGAGCGCACAGAAUUGGACAGAAGAAUGAAGUGAGGAUAUUGAGGUUGAUUACCGAAGAUUCUGUCGAGGAAAUGAUUUUAGAGAGAGCACAUGCAAAAUUGGAAAUUGACGGGAAAGUGAUUCAAGCUGGUAAAUUUGACAACAAAUCUACCGCAGAAGAACAAGAAGCAAUGUUGAGGGCUUUAUUAGAAAAAGAAGACGAACGUAGACAAAAGGGCAGUGAAGCUGAAGAUGAAGACUUGGAUGACGAUGAGCUUAAUCAAAUCAUUGCUCGUAAUGAGAAUGAGCUUGAUGUAUUUAAAAGACUUGAUGAAGAGAGAGCCUUGGCAACAAAAAAUGCUAGUUAUCCAUCGAGAUUGUUUUCUGAGCAAGAAUUACCUGGUGUUUAUAAGAAGGACCCCGAGGAAGUACUUAAGAAAGAUGACCUUUUAACAGAAGAGUAUGGUCGUGGCGCUCGAGAAAGAAAGGCUACCAAGUAUGAUGACAAUUUGACUGAGGAGCAGUGGUUACAACAAAUUGACGGAAUGGUAUCUGAUGACAAUGAAGGCAGUGAUGAUAAAGACAACAAUAACAACAAUAACGACGAUGAUGAUGACGAUGAGGAGAGUGAUUCAUCUAGUGACAGUGAGGGCUCGAAUGUAAAAGUAAGUAAAGUUCAAGUGCGCAAGAGAGGACGUCCCGCUAAAAACAAGGCUUCUGCUGCAUACAAAGACGAUGGAAGUCUCAAUGAAAAUGAUGCUCCAACAAAAAGAGCUUCUGGUGACGAUUCUGAGGAUGUACCUGUUCAAAAGAAACAAAAAACUACUGAGACAUCAGCGGUAGUUACCACAGGUACCAGGGGUAGAGGACGUGGUCGCGGAAGAGGACGAGGACGAGGACGAGGACGAGGUUCUGUGUUUUCACGAUCAACGCCGGUGGUUGACCCCUUAUCUCCUGACGAGAGAGCUCGACUUCAAAACAAUAUUGAGAGCAUUUUAGGGUUAAUCACUAACUACAAAAAUGAACAUGAUAGAAGGCUAAGUGAUUUGUUCAUGGUCAAACCUUCUAAAUCAUUUUACCCCGAUUACUACGUAUUGAUAAAACAUCCGAUUGCUCUCGAUAUAAUUAAGAAACGAGCUGCAGCAAAUACUUACACCAUAAUACGGGAGUUCUUAGAAGACUUGCAUCUUAUGUAUAGCAAUGCCAAAAUUUACAACGAAGAAGGCUCAAUUGUUUACCAAGAUGCUGCUACGCUCGAACGGAUUACUAUCCAGAAAAUAAAAGAGUUGUUAUGGAAUCUUCCUGAAGAUGAAAUGAAGAAACUUUUAGAUUUUACAGGCUUUGAUGAGAUAUUUGGAUUGCACCUGCUAGUUCCCUCUACGGCCAUAAAGCAGCCAAUAGAGACCAAACUAGAGAAAAUCGAUAACGGUGAGCAAGUGGACAGUCCAUUACUUGGAAGUUCAACAAUAGCAGGUACAGAAGACUCGGUACCUGCCAAUUUUGAAUAA